AGAAAAAAAGAAGGAACAGCGAGACAGUCGGGUCACGGGCGUCCACAAAGCGUCCAGGAAACAGUCCUCACUCAGGGCCAGAAAAGGCAAGGGAGGGGGUGGUUAUUAUUGGAAAAGCUGACAAGAGAGCAGCCAGCAAAGACGAGGAGAAGCGAAGACAGGACGCCGCUGCAGACUUUUAAAGCCCCCAGUCCUAUUUUUAAUCACACGUCCACUUGGGACGCUCGCAAGGGAGGACUAAUAUUGAGAGGAGUUAACAGGAAAGAGGCAAACAAAAACAAACAAAACAGGAGGAAGUCAUGAUGACCCAGGAACAGUGCAGUCAUAGGAACAAUGUCCAGACUUCAGACAAACCACAAGUGUACAAAGUGGGAAUCUACGGCUGGAGGAAACGCUGCCUUUACUUCUUCGUGCUGCUGCUGAUGAUCCUCAUCCUCAUCAACCUGGCACUCACCAUCUGGAUCCUUAAGGUCAUGAACUUCACCAUCGACGGCAUGGGCAGCCUCAGAAUAACAGAGAAGGGCAUCAAACUGGAGGGGGACUCGGAGUUCCUACAACCGCUCUAUGCCAAAGAAAUCCAGUCUAAGCCGGGUCGCCCUCUGCUCCUGCAGUCGUCCAGAAACGUGUCGGUCAACGUCGUCAACAGCAACAACCAGCUGCUAACGCAACUCGUCACAGGAUCCAGCGGGUUUAAGGCGCGAGGCAAAAUGUUCGAGGUCAAAUCCACGUCCGGGAAGCUCCUUUUCUCGGCCGACGAGCAGGAGGUGGUGGUGGGCGCCGAGAGGCUCAGAGUGAUGGGGGCGGAAGGAGCCGUGUUCAGCAAGUCCGUGGAGACGCCGCAUGUCAGAGCCGAGCCGUUCAAAGAGCUGCGGCUGGAGUCGCCCACUCGCUCCCUGCUAAUGGAGGCCCCCAAAGGCAUCCAGAUCCUGGCCGAAGCCGGAGACAUCCAAGCCAUCUGCAGGAACGAGCUGCGACUGGAGUCCAAAGACGGAGAGAUCUCUCUGGACGCCCGCAGGAUUCGCCUGAUGCGCCUGCCUGAGGGCAAGGCCUCAUCUGGCAGCUCCUCGUCCUCCGGCACCAGGCAGAUGGUCUACGAGGUCUGCGUUUGCCCCAACGGGAGACUUUACCUCUCGCAGGCCGGGACGGGCUCCACCUGCCAAAUCAGCGACAGCGUCUGCCUCUAGGACUGAGCCCUCAGCCAAUCAGGAACACUCGCAGAACGGGAGGAAGAACUCCAACUAAACAAAGAGAACCGCGAGAGACGCUCUGUUGAGAAAGGGAAACUGUGCCUGUGCCUUACGUCGACGCACUUGUGGCAAAAAGAAGAAGAAGCACAUCACCCGUAUCCCCCAAACCCCCGUCCUCCCUUUCCUUUCGGCAGCCACAUGACCGCAAUUUUUGUUUCUUGCUGGGUGUUUUUUUUUGUGUGUGUGUUUUUUUCCUGUGUGAAUGCAAAUACCUCUUUGUUUUGACCCAAUAAAUGUCUACAAAGAACCCCAAA